CACGUCCACCUCCGCAAAGGAAGCCGGCGCCGUAGUUGACGGCAGAUCACGUCAUUCCCCCUCAGUGAGGCCCCGGAUGAAGCAGCCAUUGGGGAAGUGGAUUAGGAUGCACAAUAACUAAGGAGGAUUGGUGGAGAAGCAGAACUAGAAGCAGGAAUUAAUCCAUAAACUCCGGGGAUCAAAAACACCCAGGCAGCCUCUGAACCGGACAGAUUGCACCUGUGCGGGCCGGAGAAGGGAUUAAACCGAGGGACUUGGUGACGGACUCAGGAGACCAUACUGUAUUUUAAAAACACGGAGAGAGAGAGACAGUGACCGAGGCUCAGAAUCCAGGGGCUUGCUUUUUGAAUUAUGUCUGCAAGUAUUGACCCUCAGAGACCAAAAGGACAAGAAAAUAAAGUGCAAAAUGGUUCACUUCAUCAGAAGGACACAGUUCAUGACAAUGAUUUUGAACCAUACCUCACCGGUCAGUCUAAUCAGAGCAACAGCUAUCCAUCCAUGACAGAUCCCUAUUUGCCCAGUUAUUACGCCCCUUCCAUCGGAUUCCCCUACUCCCUUAGUGAAGCGCCCUGGUCGACGGGUGGAGAUCCUCCCAUUCCUUACUUGACUACCUAUGGACAGCUAAGUAAUGGAGACCACCAUUUUAUGCACGAUGCUGUUUUCGGCCAGCCUGGGGGACUUGGAAGCAAUAUUUAUCAACAUAGGUUUAACUUUUUCCCUGAAAACCCAGCCUUUUCAGCGUGGGGAACUAGCGGCUCUCAGGGACAGCAGACUCAGAGCUCAGCUUAUGGCAGCAGCUACAGCUACCCUCCAAGUUCCUUGGGUGGGACGUUGGUGGAUGGACAGACAGGCUUUCAUAACGACACUUUGAAUAAAGCCCCAGGUAUGAACAGCAUUGAGCAAGGCAUGGUGGGACUUAAGAUCGGGGCUGAUGUGACGGCGUCUGCUGUGAAAACGGUAGGCUCUGUCAUCAACAGUACAGGGAUUAGUGGUGCAGUGACAGGGAACGGCAAUGCCAAGCUUGGCAUGUCUGUGCCCAAGCCCACCUCCUGGGCUGCCAUUGCUAGCAAACCAGCCAAGCCGCAACCAAAAAUUAAGACCAAGUCUGGGGUGCCAAUGGUAGGGGGGGCUUUGCCUCCACCGCCCAUAAAACACAACAUGGACAUCGGCACUUGGGAUAACAAAGGCCAAGUGACUAGAGUCCCUACUCCACAGCAGCAGCUGGCCAUGUCACCUCAAUCUGCAGCCCAGCAAAUGCAGCAGCAAAUGCAGCCUGUUUCUACACAGCCCCAGCACCAGAUCCCACCUCAGCAGUACCAGAGCAUGCAGCCCCAAAACCGCUGGGUAGCUCCGCGGAAUAGGAAUGCUGGCUACGGCGGCCAGGGUGGCAGCACCGACAGCAACUCUACCAGCAAUGCCUCCUCGGGCAACGCCAUCUCUGGUGCCGAGUCCCACCCUGUGCUGGAAAAGCUGCGAGCUGCUCACAGCUACAACCCCAAGGACUUUGACUGGAACAUGAAGAACGGCCGGGUGUUUAUCAUCAAGAGCUACUCUGAGGACGACAUUCACCGCUCCAUCAAGUACUCCAUCUGGUGCAGCACCGAACAUGGGAACAAGCGCCUGGACAGCGCCUUCCGCACCAUGAACAGCAAAGGUCCCGUCUAUCUGCUGUUCAGCGUCAACGGCAGCGGACACUUCUGCGGUGUGGCCGAGAUGCGCUCCCCUGUGGACUACGGCACGAGCGCUGGCGUCUGGUCUCAGGACAAGUGGAAAGGCAAGUUCGACGUCAAGUGGCUCUUUGUCAAGGAUGUUCCCAACAGUCAGCUCCGGCACAUCCGCCUGGAGAACAAUGACAACAAACCGGUCACUAACUCUCGAGACACGCAGGAGGUGCCCUUGGAGAAAGCCAAGCAGGUGCUUAAAAUUAUCGCAACCUACAAGCAUACCACCUCAAUCUUUGAUGACUUUUCACACUACGAGAAACGGCAGGAGGAAGAGGAAGUUGUUCGCAAGAACUUUGAGCCUGCUCCGAUCCAGAACCGUUCCAGAUUGGAUCAGGAUCACCAAAAUGGAAGCAAACAGUAGAAGAAUAUAUUAAUGGCUUGAUAUACGCUUUACCAGGACUGAUUUUUAUUUGAUUUUUUUUUUUCUUUGAUUUAAAAAAGAAACUACAAUUUUUUUCCAUUCAAUUUUGAUGUCAGCCAGUUGAGACUUAAGCUUUCUGCUCCAAUGUUACCUUCUUGUGCAGGGAAAUUUAAGCAGUUUCAUGUAUUGGUAGUUGCAUAUUUUCCAUUUCUUUAGCCAGACUGGUCCUUUUUUUUCCCCUUUUUAUUUCUUUUAUUUGACAAAAAACCAGUACUUCUCUUUGCUAGUGUUGUCUUGUUCUUGCAAUUGAAAGCUAAGGUGUAGUACUCUUCUGAUCCAGAAGGUGGCACUGUUUUACAUACAGUGACGGAAGAGCACCACAGCUUGUUUUUUUCGUUGACCAGAAUAUUAUAAACCAGUAAUUGUUUCCGACUUCUUCUUCUUCUUCUUAUAUGAUGUUGUAGCAUUAAUUGUUAAAAUUGUUACACUGAUGCUUUCUUGUUCAUGUGUUUAAUCCAGUCUGAAAAUGAGAGCCUUUACAACAUUUUAAAGUUCUACAUUUUUUGUCGACUUGUUUUUAAACUUCUAAUGAUGUGGUGAUGUUGACAUUACAAUGUUUGAGUGACUCAAUUAUGAACUUUCCAAAUCACAUAAUUUACUGUAACUUUUUUUCUCUGUUAACAUAUUGCACAUUUUUUUUAAAAAGAUGUUUUGCUAAGUUUGUCUUCAGUAAUGCUAAGCUUUAAUGUAGGAGCAUAUAGUCAUGGACGAAGCCUCAAAUGUGGAACCUGAAAUUAAUGUUACUGAUUUAAUUGUCAAAGGGGGGAGGGCAGAAAGAACUGUGGUGGUUUGUCAUUUUUUUGGAGAAAAUGAUAUUUGCUAUAUGUAUGUUUUUGUGGAAUGAGGGAACCAUUGAUUUGUAAAAAAAAUAAAUGAAUUAUGGCUGCCGACUGGAUUUCUAAAAGCAUGAAACCGUGCUCAUGCCUGUUGCUUCAGUAUGCAGAAUAACAUGCACGUGUUUAUUGUUAGAUGAUCUUUGCUAUAUUAAAAAGCCUCUAAUUAUCUACUUCUAAAAGUAUUUACACAAAAGGACCUCAAUUUAAAAAAUAAAAAAAAGAAAUAUAAACUAUCAUUUAGAUUGUAUUUAGAUCAUUUUAGUUACCUCUCUGAAUAUUGCCUUUUAGGUAAAAAAGAAAAAUGUUUUCUUUUCUUUCUUCUGUCCUUUAGAAGAAUACAAGCCUUAAUAAACAAUGUCUAUUUAGCAAGCACCAUGUUAGUUCUGUUUCUGUUGUCUGAUUUGAAAUCUGUCACAAUUAAAAAAAAAAAAAAAAAAAAAAGGAAAAAUGUUGAUUAGGUGCCAUGUUAUGUGUCUCACGCCUAUCAGGCUUAUGGUGUGUGUGUGUGGGUUACAAAUUCUGCACGAUUUGCUGCAAUGCUGGUGGAAAUGAGACCUGAUGAUUGGAUUGCAACAAGGAAGUUUGUUCACAUUCUGUCAUUCGAUCUGCUCGACUGACCAUCACCCUGGUAACCUGCAGUGGAUCUCGUCAAUGGAAGCUGCAAAGCCCUACAUGCCUGAAGAUUAAAACCAUAAGUUUUAAAAUAACAGACACGUUUCGUAUUGUCUUUGACAGAGUGGCAUUGGCAGGAACGCCAUUUACUCCUGGAAUUAUGGGAUGGUUUGCUCCAGCGCUUAUCUGACUAUUCCUUCUGUAUUACUAUUUAUCCUCCUCUUUACAAAUGUUUGUAAAACUUAUCUGCUAAAAAUGUCACAUGUUUCAAAACCUGGAUAUACAUAAAAUUACUUUGGGCCUGGA